GUAUCAGCCAGCAACCAGCAGCAAGAGGAGCUUUUAACUAGUGUAGGUAAUAGCUACGUAAAAAAAUGGUUUGCAUUGAAGGAAAGUGUGACCUUCGCAGUUAGUUCUUGGGAUAUUAUAAAUGAAGACAAUAAGUUUGAAGAAAAUUCUUGAAAAAGUGCAUAAAAUUGUAGUGAAUUCUCGUUUUGCUAUCGCAUAUUUUAUACUUGCUUCGCCAAAGAAGAGAAGCGAUAAAUAACGUGAAGAAGCUAAUGUGUGAACGAUAUGUAUGUGGUUGGUGUGUAGCAUAAUAAGAAUGUAAAUGUAAAGAGAACAAAGAAGGAACGUGUGCAAUUAGUGUAUGUGUGUAUGUGAGAAAGGAGAAGCACGCAAAGGCACACACAAAAUCGCUGGGAAGUGAACUGCUCUCAACUCGACAUUGUGGAAAGCUCUUUUUGGGGCUUAUAUUCAUGAGAUAUAAAUCAGAGUUGCAAUUGUGGAUGGUGGAUUUUUAUGUAUGGCAUGUCAAAAUAAAGCAGAGGAAAGUAGCAGUUUAAGGAAGUUGUUAAUAUCUGAACACAUCAUGUGAAUAUUCAAUUAUAAACAGGGGCCGAAAAUGGAUCUGUUACUCGAAUUUCGUGUUUGCCAUUUUAGUAAUUGCUCCUUUGAACUGCUCCACUAAUUUGGACCAUUGGGGCAGCUAGGAGACAAUUACUCACAGCAUCCACCCAAUUACACACUCGAGGUUUAAUAAUCAACGACAAAUUAAACCAUUAUUUAAAACGUGAAAACGCCUCUAUGAACAAAAUUGGAAUAGAUACACGAUAUAACCGAUCGAUAAUAAAUUACACAUGAUAUCCUAUGGUUUUAAAGCAAAUAUAAAACGUAACGAAGAAAUAAGUAUUUAUGUCCAAACAAGGUAGCCUGCAAAACAGUCUUUUAAAUGCCCAAACUGCAUAUUAUCCAGAAAAAAAGCUAUAUCCGAAGCUACAACAGCAACAAAAACUUUUAUACCUUUCAAAAUAUCCGAGAAGCUGCAGAAUACUGACAUUUAAAAAGUUAGUUUGCAAAAAAAUAUCCCCAGCGAAAGUGACGGUAACGGAAAAGUUGCGGGAGUCCGAAAGGAUUUGUGGUGCCGCAUCAAGUGGCAUCAAUAUUAAUAAGUUUAAGCAUAAAAUGGCAAAUACGCUUUCCGUCAUGACGAACGUUUUACGGAAUGUUGUCAGCAAGCAGCGAAUACGCUACAAGGACAAUGGAUAUAAUUUAGACUUGACUUAUAUAUACGACAAUAUAAUUGCUAUGGGUUACCCGGCGGACAAUAUAGAGAGUAUAUUUCGAAAUCGUUUGGAAGAUGUUUACAAGUUUCUUCAGGAAGUUCAUCAAAAUCAUUAUAAAAUUUAUAACCUAUGUCUUGAGCGUAGCUAUGAUAGCAAUAAAUUUCAUGGAAGAGUUGCUGUUUAUCCUUUUGAAGACCAUAACCCACCAACAAUAGAAUUGAUACAAAAAUUUUGUAUGGACGUAGAUGAAUGGCUGAAAGCAGAUAAGAAAAAUGUGGCCGCCGUACACUGUAAAGCUGGAAAAGGCAGAACUGGUACAAUGAUUUGUUGUUACAUGCUUUUUAGUGGACGGCAGAAAACUGCCGAAGAUGCUUUAGAAUGUUAUGCUGAGAAACGCACAAAGGAUCUCAAAGGUGUUACAAUUCCAUCGCAAAGGCGUUAUGUUCAGUAUUUUGCAAAAUUAAUACAAUCUGGUGUACCAUAUGAAAGGCGUAUUCUGCAAUUUUGUGAAAUUCGUUUUACUGAGGCUAACUUGUUGCACAGUUAUGGCACAGUGCAUUGCUCAAUUUCCGUGCUGGAAGACGAUGGAUGUUCUGUAAAAGUUAAGCAUCUGCUGGGGUUACCCAUCGAUUUUCGAAAAAGUCAUACACUGGAUUUAAAAAAUCUGUGUGUAGCCGGUGACAUAAAAGUAGAGCUGACGCAUAAAAAGAAACUGUUCCAUUUCUGGUUUAAUACAUAUUUUGUGCGCGAUGACGCGGUCGUUGAGGGAGAAGGUGAGGACGCGAAACUUGUGUAUACACUUAAUAAAUGCGAAAUCGAUGAUGCACAUAAAGACAAAGAGCACAAAUGUUUUUCGGAAGGCUUUAAGGUGCAACUUGUAUUCUAUGCGGAAACUUCAAUGCGACCUGGCUUACAAGCAAAUGUUAGUAGCAUAGCCAGCCAAAUUGUGAAUAAUCAAAGGAUGUCUCAAAACGCGCGUCUCUCUCAUCAGAGCAGUGGUGGCGGUUGCGAAAGCAGCAGUAGCAGCAAUUGUCAAUUGCCACAGAAUAGCAGCAGUGGUAGUGAUCUAAAUUACAUUUGUGAUCAAAAGUCCUCCUCAUCAGCAUCGGCGUCGGUUAGUAGUUUGGGCGGUCCGUUAGUGGGUGUUGGCGGUGGCGUUGGUGGCGGCAACGGAAGCGGCAGUGGAAGUGGCAGCAUUGGUGAGCUCAGUAUCGGUGAUACAACAAAUGCAGACUUCUCCCGCAUGGACAGCACGUUAGUGGGUGCACAAUACAUACAGCAUCAGCAACAGUUACAACACCAACAAAAACAACAAAUUUGCCAUAGGCAGAAAUACAAUGCUGCGAAAAAUAUCAACAGCGAUUGUGAAGAGUUCGAUUGCAAUACCGGCAUGAUGCCGUUGGAUCGAACACAUGCUGCACCAACAAAUACAUAUGCGUUACUUCCGCAACAACAACAACAGCACAGACAGCUUUACACGGCGGCGAAAAGCGUUAGUGAUGACUGUGAUGAUUACGGUGAUGCCGAUGUACGCAUCUCGUCGUUCGAGCGAAUAAAUGCUGUACCCACAACAGCGUAUGCGUUACAACCACAACAACAUCAUGCGGAACGGAUUUCUGUUAACUAUAGACAUCAGUAUAUGCCGACGAAUAACAUAAGUGGUGACUGUGAUGUGUAUGAUUGUGAUGUAGGCGUUACGCCAUUUGCGCGCUUAAGCGCUGCACCUACAACAUUUGCACUAACCCCACAACAACAACAAGACGCGCAAUCACAACACACUUAUGUGAAUUUGGAGCACAUGAUGACUGCAUCGGAUAAACAACAACUAAUGCAACACUAUCAGCAGCAGCCGCCACAACAGACAAUGAAACCGUUAUUCACAACAGCACCAAAUCAUGUGGCAACUACUUCGACAGUAGUGACCGCCACAGGCAACAACGUAAUGAAAUUCGGCGUACCGUCAACAACAAUGGGCUUAAUGUGCGGCAAAAAUAUUCUAUAUCAACCAGCAGUAGUGCAUGGCGAUGGCAACACCAAUCAUUGCGCCAACAGUGUCAGGCGUUUAGAUGAAGGUACAAGAACAACAAUGCAGACUAAUGGUUCAACUGGUGGCAGUGAUGUGAACGGUUGUAUUAGCGCUAACAGCAGUAAAAGCAGCAUUAGUAGUCACACAUCAUCUUCAGAAUCAACAACAUCGUGCUCAUCGUCUUCGGCGCCAACGUCUGGUGGAGAUAAAGAUUGCGAAGAAGAAGACUGGGAGUCCGCUGCCAACAUCAAUUCGCACAUAAGUCAUCAUCAAAUAAAUACUGCUGGUGUGGAAGCAUUGCUCCAGAGUCAAGGCAUCGUACGUAAUAACGUUAAUAAAAGUAAGAUGUCUUUAGAAGAGCAGCAAAAUUUGCAUGCAAGUAUGGAUAGGAACAGUGAUUACUACACGUAUAAGGAUAACAAUAGCACCAACGGUGACACCAGCGAAAGUAACAGCAGCAAUGAUGACAGCCAACGUUCAAACGACGGCAAAACUCCUUACACCACUAGACAUAGAUAUACCGCGAACUAUCAACUAAUUGAAGAGGAUAUCAUGGAGGAGAGUGUGAAUGGUAUAAGUAUUGAUGUUGACGGUGCCAACGUUGAAUAUGAUAAUGAUAAUGGUGACACAACAUGUGUUGGCAUUUUCCUUAAGCGCUGUCAAACCAACACUGCUAAUGGUUUGAAAAAACCGCACACACGCACGCGUCGAGAAACCACUUAAGUCAGCCAAAGAGCUUUGAAAGCCUCGCGAAGUAAACGUAAAUCGGGAAGCAGCCAACAAACCGCAUCACUGGUGAUUGCCAGUUGCAAAUGUGAAUGUAUCCUAAUAUUUUUGUAUGGAACUCAAAGAACUCGUUAACGAUAAAUGUUUCAGACGUUCGAAGGUGUACCCUAAAACAGUUAUAUGUUAUUCACACAAAGUAUGGUGCACAUAGAAACGCGAGCCAGCCAAUCAACAAUUGCAUUUGUGUACAUUUAAUUAAGCAUACAAAUUCGUAUUAAAACUAUGAUUAUUAACUCCAAAAAAAAAAACAAGAAAAAAAUCAAAAUGAACAACCACACCGGGCACUGAUUUCUAAAGAGCGUUAAUGUUAAUACGUUAUACCAAGUGAAAGUUAGGAAGCAGUUAGUAGAUGCUAAAUAAAGCUGGAAAAUGUAUGUAUGUAUAUGUAUAGUAAAAGCUUUAUCUGUGUAUUUGUACUAUAUGAACAAGAAACAAAUAAAAAGGAAAGAAAAUGAGAAAAGUGAAACAAACGCUUUCAAAAUAAACUUAUUUACCAUCCUUUGAGCUAAUACGAAAUGUAGACGAAACCUAUAAUGUUAAAUUAAAAAGAAAACAGUAAAAUAUUAGCAAAGUAGAGGUCAACUCUCAAUAAAAAAACACACACACACUCGACACAUACACCUACAAAGAAACAAAAACUGAAAUAAUAAGACAGAAAACAUUUGAAAUGUUAAUGAGCAGUAAAUGUGAUGCGUAUAUAAAUCGAAAUCAUCGUAUUAUAUAAAUAUUAAAAUGAAUGCAUGUUUUGAACGCAAAAAAAAUUGUGAAUGUUACUAGUGUAUUAGUGUAACCAAAUGCAGCAUUUAUGUGGCAUACAAAAGUUAUUGCCACAAGCAGUAUAUAAAAUUGAAAUCAAUUGAAAAUCAGUAAAUGUCACAGGAUUUUAUAUAAGUAUGUAGCGAGAGGAGAAAUAACUGAAGCUAAAUUGAGGGAAAGGGAAGAAGUAUUUAAGGGAGAAGUAUGCAACGUAACCGUCUAUUCAUGAGAAACAAAAUAAAAUACAAGUAAACAGGAAUAAAUGCAUUAUUAAGUCUAUUAACAAAACACGGCUAAAAACUGAUAUGCAGGAGGCAGCAUUGAGUUUAAGAUGAAACACAAAAAAGAAAAAAAUUACAAUGAAAUUAAUGGUGAACAUUGAUAUUUAGCUAUUAAGAUUUCAUAAAGCGUACAAUAAUGAUAUUAAAUUUCAUAUAAAUAUGUAGGUAUGUGUGAAUCAACUUAAAAUUACAAUUAAAAACAUAGACACACAAAAAAUGUUGUACAUACUGCUAGCAUAUAACACAUUAUCUCUCUCUAAAUUUACUUUAUUUAUUUAAAUUGUUUUUUUGAGUAAAUUAAUACUUCUAAAAACAAUUAUAUACCAACGCUAACCUAAAGUUUGUUGCAAAGCACCUUAAAGUCAUAAUAGUAAAUCAAAAUCGCCAAACCUAAUUUUAAAAUAAUUUGUUUUAAUGGUUACAGACCAGGGUUGUAAUAAUGCAAUAAAAAAUAAUUAAAUUAACAUUUGAAUUAAAAAUUUCUUAUUUUGUAAUCCCAUUAAACAUCGGGAUUAAAAGAUGGAAAUUUUAUUUUUAAUUCAAACUUUUUUUACUACAAUUCUACUGCUGCCGAAUUUUGUAUACGCCACAUACUUUUAUGAAAACAAGUUAUUUUUGAAACAAUUGUUUAACGUUGUCUUGUAAUUCUAAUUUUAAAAGCACAUAACUAUGAGCGAAAAAUAGUAAGACUUUGUUCAUAGUUUUAAAAUUAUAAAUUUAUUCUUCAAAACUAUGUAUGUCGUGCCCCUCAAAGUAAUCCUCCUUGGCCCUAAUACACGUGUGCCAACAUUUUUUCCAUUUCUCGAAAAAGUUUCAAAGUAUUAUAGUAAUACUCUUCGAUUCGCCUAGCUAUUCACAUUUAAUGUCUUUAAUUGACUAAAAACGUUUUCCUCGGAACGGUCGUUUGAGUUUGCUUAAUAGCCAUAAGUCAUAUGGAGCUAAAUCAGGCGAAUACGGUGGUUGCGGCACGAUAUUGUUUGAAAAUUUGGUGAAAAAAUUUGCAGUGCACUACACCUCGAUAAUCGAUGGAAACUAUCAACAUAACCUUGAUUUUUGAACUGCUUUGACGUGGUUUUUUCGGCUUCAGCUCACCUUUACCACGAUAUUCGGCCGAUUGAUCGUCUGUUUCCAGGUCGUAAACAUAGGUCCAAGUAAUGAGACAAUAUUCCAAAGAUGCCAGUAAGAUCUGCGACUAUUAAUCGUCGAUUCUCAAGCACCAAUUUCUUAAUUUUCUCGACUCUAUGAAUGAUUUGCUCCAAUCAAAAACACUUGUUCGCGACAAAAAAUUAUCACCGAGGGCUUUUUCUAACAUUCUGAACGUUUCAGUAACAGAAAUUUGAUUCCGCACACAAAAUUUAACUUCUUUGUUGAAAAAGUUUACUCAUCGUGAAAAUCGCUCAUAAUGUACUUCAGAAGGACAAGCGUACACUAAUUAUUAUUUUGAUGUGACAUUUAAAAUUGGUGGCAGAUUAAUCAACAAUUUUUUUUAUUUCUUUUAUAAUAAAAAUAUAUAUGUUGCUCGGUAAUUAUGCAAAAAAUAUAUAUACAUAUAUACUGUAUAUAUUGUCACAUCAGCACAGUUAUCACUGACAGUCAUAGCAAAUAAAAAAAUAUUUCGUCGAAUGUGUUUUAAAUUAAAAAAUCUUAUUAUUUUCUGCCCACAGCAUCUUUAAAAAUUUUAAUUUGCUGACCUCUAAGCAUAUUUCCCUAUACAAAUAUUGCAUACGUUAAGAUGUAAUUGUAACUUGGUUUUGAAAUUGCUGCUACGUUCAGCUGCAGUUACUACGAAGUAAUUUUUCACACAAAAUCUCUUUUUUGAAAUAACUUGUCUGCCAUAAAAAGUACUUAUUUAUGAUAUACUUAAUUAUUCCUUUGUCUUGCGCGCAUAAAACUACAGUUUACUUGGAGCGCUUAUUUCAAUAGUUAAAUAUAACGGUACACUUGGUUAAAACAUUUUCAAUUUAGUGGCUACUAAUACGAUCUGUGCAUUCUCCACAAAAAAAAUUUCGUUUGCCUCGAAUUAGAGAUCAUCUUUAAUAACUUGCAUAAAACAUUCAUUACAUUUUAAGUCACCAUCAUCAUCAUCAUCAUCGCAAUUUUUUUUAUAUGCAUUUUUACAUUAAUUUUAUUUUAGAAAUAAGUAUUUUAAAAUUGGUGGCAGAUUAAUCAACAUAUUCUUUUAUUACUUUUAUAAUAAAAAUAUAUAUGUUAACCGCUAAUUAUGCAAAAUAUAUAUACCGUUACUGUAUAUAUGUCGAAAUCGAAGACAUGUGGAAUAUGGUUAUAGAUCGUCACCAAAAAACAAUUAUUAAUCGUCCAAACUUUUCCAAAUAUAUGAUCCCGUAGACAUUCAGGACCUCUGAGCAAAGAAGUAGUGUGGCAAGUUUUGGAGUGUAUCAAAAAAAAACUUCUAUUUUCUUCCUCUAAUCGUUUUUUUUUUUAAUUAUUAUAUUUUUUUAAUUUUAACAAUUAGUGCUUAUAACACUUUCGGUGUGUGACGCGUUUCACUUUUCUGACUAAAUUUGUCAGCUAUAAUUUCCCUUAUCCCUUGUAGUCAGCAUAACCAGACAUAGUUCUCCAAAGGCUAAACAAUAUAAUACUUAUGCUUUCUUUUCUUUUACUUUUUGAGUGCUUCCAAUGGAAGGAUCAAUUUAAAUUUCAUAAAUUUUAUAUAAUAAUCGGCUGAAGAGUGACCUUUAGUUUUUUUUACGAAUUUGUUUUUAAAGGAUUAUCCAUUUCGAGGUUCCUUACUUUUUUAAAGAAAAAUCACAGAAAUUUCAAAUUUAAUGGGGAAUGCUUAUGAUCAUUUGAAAAAACUCUAUUUGGCGAUUAUCUCUUUCAAAUGUUGGCCGCGUCGACGUCUGAAAUGGUCCAUCCGUUGAGUCCAAUUUUCGAUGACUCGUUCGAACAUUUCGACUGAUAACUGGCGUAUGACACGUGAGAUGUUUUAUUCCAAGGGCUGAAACGAAGCGGGAUUAUCCGCCUAGACAUUAGACUUUACAUAAACCACAGAAAAAAGUUUAACGGUGUGAUAUCAUACGAUCUUGAUUGCCAAUCGACCGGCCCGUCGUAUCUUUUUGGAACUUUUCAAGAGCCAAUAGAGCGAAGCGAUAUCGCUUGGGAAGGCUUUAUUUUGUACGCUUUCAAUUCGAGUACGUCAGUCCGAGUUGCUGUGAACGGUGCGAACGAAUCGACCAAUGCGACUCUCGCGUGAUCUGUCAAAAAAAGCAAGUUUUCUACUGCCUCAUGUGCCUCUUUAAUGCUUUAACGCUUGUGUUCUCAACAAAACAGAUUAUUAAGGCAUAGUAAUUUUUUAACCAAUACUAAUUCUAUUGGAUAAAUAAAAUAAAUUUAAAUUUUUCCUAGCUAUAUGAACCUAUAAUACAGAUUUAUUUAAAACCUUGCCAAUUUUUAUAGCUUGGUAGCUCUGAAAUCUUCUUCUUCUUUAUUGGCGUAGACACCGCUUACGCGAUUAUAGCCGAGUUAACAACUCUCUCUCUCUCUGAAAUACUCUAAAUAUAAUACGAUUUUCGAAUAUCGUGUACGAUAAAUGAAAUUUUUGAAUAUAUUGAAUCGGGUUUUAGGAGGGUAGGCGAUAAUUUUCAGUUAACGAAAGUUCAUAUUAGCAACAAAUUUUCUAUAAAACCUACUAGUUGACUAAUAUACAUACAUAAAUGUACUGAUUUUAUCUAAGCGACUGCAAAAUAUACACGAAUUCGAAUAGAAAUCUUAAAAAUUCCAAAACGAUCAGCUGAAAGAUUUUUGAUUAGAGUAUGCACGGGCAUAAUACGAGGGCUGCUAUAUAUAUUUCUGGCCUAAUAAUGAAAAUAGGAAUAUUUAUCAACGAAAAUGGUUUUAUUGUUUUUCAAAAUAUUCUCCAUCAAGGUUUAUACACUUUUGCAUGCGCUCAAACCAAUUUUCGAAGCACUUUUUCCACUCCGAUUGAGACACCUCCAAAACAUGGUUUAUGAAUGCUUCAACAGCAUCUUCUGGCGACGAAAAUCGUUGACCACGCAUUAUUUUCUUGAUGUGUGGGAAUAAAAAGAAGUCAUUGGGUGCCAAGUCAGGGCUGUACGGCGGAUGACCCAUCAAUUCGACGUUUUGACCGGUCAAAAAGGCGCUGGUUUGAGCCGAUUGUGAGAGCUCGCAUUGUCAUGGUGCACAAUGAUUCGUCUUCUCCUGUUCGUUUUUCGAAUUUUUCCGAAGACUUCAGGCAAACAAAUGGUGGUUUACCACUCAGAAUUGACCGUCCUACGUUGCUCAAGCGGAACAGUCGCCAAAUGACCAGUUUUGCCGAAGAAACAGGCGACCAUUUGCUUCGAAGUGCUUCUUCCACAAACAAAUUUCGUUGGAUUUGGCUCGUCUUGGAAGACGCACACGGUCGAUUGCUGUUUUGUUUCGGGCUCGUACGCAUAGAUCCAUGAUUCGUCACCUGUGACGAUCUUAUAAACGUCUUUUGAAGCACCGCGAUCGUAUUUUUUCAGCAUUUCUUUACACCAAUCCACACGAGCCUUUUUUUGAGCGAUUGCCAAAUUGUGCGGGAUCCAAAGAGAACAAACCUUUUUUACGGCCAGGUGUUCAUGCAAUAUCGAAUGAAUGUUGGUGGGAAAAAUGUAUAGGCAUGCCUCUAUCUGAAGGUAUGUUGCAUGACGGUCUUGCAUUAUCAAUUCACAGCGGCUGUUUUUGGAAGACCUUCACGGAAUUCGUCUUUGAGCGAGCGUCGGCCACGAUUGAAUUCGUUGUACCAGUUUUUCACAGUGCUAUAGGAUGGUGCUUCAUAGCCAUACAAAGAUUUUAGUUCAUCGAUACACUCUUGUGAUAAUCCACGUCGAAAGUUGUGAAAAAUGAUCGCACGAAAAUGUUCACGAGUUAAUUCCAUUUUUUGGCCGAGAUGAAUUUUUGAAUUCCCUGUAAAUAAAACAAUUCACGAUUAAAUGACAAAACGUUCUGAGUGAUGCUAUGCUAAAAAAUGUCAAACUUUCCAAUGGAAAUGUCAAAUGCACCUGGCAACACUUAGUGUUGCCUAGGCCAGAAAUAUAUAUAGCAGCCUCCGUAAUUAUAAAUUGAAACCUUUUUUUUACUGAAAAUUUUAUUGUGAGCGUUUUUUUAAUCAAAGUUUAGUUAAAUAUAUACAUACAUACAUAUAUUAGAAAUAUAUAUUUUUGCCCUUUGGUGGUGGUUGAACCUUUAAUAUACCCACAUACCUGUAGUACAUUGAAGUAAUGCAUUUUCGCCUUAUUUUUGUGUAAUUUUUUAUUGUUCUUACUAUUUGUGUCCUUUCAGGUGAAUCGACAUAUUUAUAAAUAUUUUAUAUACCACAAUUUUUCGUUUGCAGUUAUUUAUGUAAAAAAUAAUUAACUUUUAGGUUAUGAUUUAAGUAAUUAAUACAAAAAAUAUGUUAUUUUAAAUUAAAAUAGUUUUUUGCUUGUAAACUUACCAGUUGUAUAAUAAGUGAUCUAUUUUCUUAAGCAACCAUACAUUGUAUAACAAUCUAUUAUUUUUAAAAUGUAAAAUUUUUACUUUUAAGUUGUACAUAAACAAUACAUACAUAGGUACAUACAUACAUAUUUACAAUUAUGUAUAUUUAAAUAAUUUUUUAAGUGGUGAGAUUUUGAAUUUUGUUGAAUUUUAGUGGCCUAAAUGAUAGAUUAGCGCUUGCGAGCACAAAGUACUCGGAGCUUCUUUUCUGCUCAGAGUAGAAAAAGCAAAUAAUCGUAAUUAAUUAAAAUAAGUUGAAAAAAGUU